ACCAUUCUAUGCAGUUUAUUGCUCCAUCUAAACAAUAUGGGUCCGAGGAGAGCUUGGGCAAUACUGUUCAAUGCAUUGGUGUUCUGUGCACUUCAAUAUGCACAGGCAUCUUAUGGUAGAAGUAAGAGCAGAUGUCCAGCUUUAAAUCCAGAUAUCAGAUGCAUACAUCAUUUUAAUCAAUGCCACCAAGAUCAUGAAUGUGGAAAAGGUCAGAUUUGCUGCACAAAAGAAUGCGGAAAUGAAUGUGUUAACAUUGUUAAACACAGACCCGAAAGACACGAGAUUGCACCCGUGUGUAUCCUGCCUAAAGAUCUAGGACCUUGUAGAGGAAUCUACGUUCGAUAUUAUUACGAUUUAAACUCGGGAAAAUGUUUAGAGUUUGCAUAUGGUGGUUGCCGAGGUAAUGGAAAUAGGUUCAAUACCCAGGAAGAAUGUAUUAGCACGUGCACAAAAGGAGUGACUAUACCCUCAAAGUGUCCAAUAGACAGAUUUCCGCAUUGUUAUGGAAAAUUAAACAGAAACUGCCAGGAUGACUCAUCGUGUCAUGCCGGCAAAAAAUGCUGUAAGCUUGGAUGCUACUAUGGCUGUGUUAAACCUGUUAAACAACGACGACGACAACAACAA